CUCCGAAUGAGUCCGCUGUUUUCAGCGGCCGACGGCGGAGAUCGAGAAGGGUCGGCCUCUCGGCCCGCCGGGUCGCGCCGCACCUGGGGGAGGGCGAGAGGCGCGGCACUGUCAGAAACAAAAAACAAGCACGGCGCGGAGAGAACGGGCCCACCACUCUGGGGCACUGCCUGGGGGGCAGGGCCCCAGCGGGGCGAACGGGGCGGCCCUCGCCGCCGCUCCCUCUGCGAUUCCGCACGGCGGCACACGGGCGGCACACGGGCCAUCUCGGCGGCGAGCGUCCGCCGGGGGCAGCACGAGGAAGUUCUCGAGGAGGAGGAGGAGAAGAGGAGGAGGAGGAGGAGGAGGGCGAGCACGCCGGGGGCCGGAGUGGCCCUGGACCGGCCCUCGAUCGGCCCUCCAAGCGUCCCAAAACAUGAGAGGGCAGAAACAUCCACCCCCAUAAUAACCACCCCGACACGGACACGCUCGACUUACCCUUACCGUUCGGCUCGCCUGUACGCGGGCCGCCCGCGCGUCACGCCUCGCUAGAAAGGGAGGGCGCCGAGCGCGGGCAGCUUGCGCUGGCAGCCUGCGCGCCCAUGUCGGCGCAGACGACAUCCCCUUCCCUCCCUCGCCCCUGUGCUUCGCGCCCCUGCCCCACGCCCCGGACCCACGAGGGGCCCGAGCGGCGGCGAUCCAAAAACGCUGGGCUCGGGAGCUGCGGGCCUUUCGGUCCGUGCCCCGCCGCCGCCGGCGCCCAGAGGGGGAGAGGGGGGGGGCCGGGGCGGCGGCAGGGGAUUUGGGAUCGAACGUCGACCGCCGGAGACAGGCCCACGAAGAUCCCAAGCGUCCUCCUCCUCCUCCCUCCUCCUCC